AUGAAAACCACUGUCGUCGAUAUUAUGAUUAUGGCCGCAACCUACGCAGUCGGCAUCAUUCUACCCAUAAUCGUAAUCAUCGCCGCGUAUCGACUUCUGCUUCACCCUCUAGCAGGCUUCCCCGGCCCAUUGCCCGCGAAGCUCACGAGCGCAUACACGGGAUUCUAUGCGUGGAGACGAUGUUCUCACAUCUCCACCUACCGUGCCUUCCAGAAAUACGGCGAGAUCACCAUUGCUCAAAGGCUCAGUCCCCAGCACGCGUCAUCAGGCGCCGAGGAAGAGGCACGCACUUCUAACACGAGCGUCACGGCCAGGCCCGAUCGUCCGGAUAGCCCCGAAUCGUCUUGUCUUCUCCACUGUCACCGCACUCCAUGGGAGCUCCACCGAAAUAAGCGGAAGACCGUUGGGCCCGCCAUCUCCGAACGUGCAAUGCGUUUCUUUGAACAGGACAUGAGCCAAGAGGUCGAUAUCUUCCUAGCGCUGCUGCUCGAGUCUAGCACAAAGAAUGAAGUUGUCAAUAUGACGCCGCGUUGUGAGCGGUUGGGCGUUGAUGUCGUGGGUCGAUUGGCGUUCGGCUUUGAACUGAAAUCGCAACGCGAACCAACCCACAGACACGUCGCCGAGGGCAUAAAGGCCAGAUCAGCCAUCAGCAGUAUUUACAUGUCCUGGCCAAGUCUCCGCAUCCUCAACCCCGUCAUCACUUGGCUUUCGCCUCGUCAUCGAGAGACCGACAAAGAGAAUCUGUACAAAUCACUCCGUACGAUGAUCGGCAGCAGGAUGGUACUUCCCAAAGAGGCGAAACACGACUUCUAUGCGCAGGUCUCGGGAGAAAUGGGUCCUGAUGAGCUUUGGUCCGAGGCGAUUCUCAUUGUAGGCGCAGGGGGCAGCACAACAGCAACGACCAUGUCAGCCGCCUUCUUCUACCUUUCACGGAAUCCCCUUGCAUACAAGUGUUUAUGUACCGAAAUCCGAAGCAGGUUCUCCUCCGCCAGAGAGAUAAGCCAGGGCGCGCAGCUCAGUGCCUGCAGCUAUCUGCGCGCCGUGAUUGACGAGUCCCUUCGCCUAUCAACGGGAACUAUCUCCAACUGGCGUAUUCAGGCGGCGCCCUCAAUUGCGGCCGGGGAGCAGCUCGUUGUCGACGGGCACGUCAUCGCGCCGGGGACAGAGGUCGCAACCAACGCGUACAGUUUCAUGCGCAACCCAGACUACUACCCCGAGCCGUUAGCUUUCCGGCCCGAGCGCUGGCUGGAGGGCAACGAGGAGCAGCGCGCAACCAUGCGGCGCGCUCUGAUCCCGUUCUCCUUGGGCUCGCGCUCGUGUGCCGGCCAGGCCAUGGCCUACCUCGAGCUCAGCCUCGCCCUCGCGCGUACCUUCUGGUAUUUUGACUUUGAGAAAGCCCCCGGGGAGGCUGGUGGGCUGAGCGAGGUGCCUGGUGCACCUGGGGAGUUCAAAUUGGAAGAUAGCACGAUCGUGGGACACAGUGGCCCGAACUUAAUGUUCAGGACGCGUGCUGAUUACUGGAGGGAGUUGAUGGCCACUUCGUCGAGUUGA